GGGUCAGACCUGUAUUUGUAUUGGUAUUCACUUCAACCAAUUUCCAUACAUUCGACUCAAGACAAGCAUGGCUGCCAUAGGAGUGCACUUUGGAUACACAUGUGCCUGUGUGGCGAUUUUCAAGGAUGGCAGAGCCGAUGUUGUAGCAAAUGAUGCUGGCGACCGAGUCACGCCGGUAGUUGUCGCAUACAGAGACAAAGAGCAGAUUGUUGGAAUAGCAGCGAAGCAGGGUAGAAUAAGGAAUGCAGCCAACACCGUGGUCAAAGUGAAACAGAUUCUUGGAAGAAGUUUUGAUGAUCCAGAAGCGCAGAAACAUAUAACCGAAAGUAAAUGCACGGUUAUCAACAAGGACAACAAACCAAAGUAUGAAAUCGACACCGGAGAAGUGACCAAAAUUGUAUCUCCCGAUGAAGUGGCAAAAUUAGUCUUUCAUAAAAUGAAAGAAACUGCUCAGUCAGCUUUGGGCUCUGACAUCACAGAUGCUGUCAUUACUGUGCCUUUUGAAUUUGGAGAGAUUCAAAAGAAUGCACUGAGGCAAGCUGCUGAAGGAGCUGGCUUCAGUGUGCUCCGGUUGAUUCACGAACCAUCAGCAGCCCUGCUAGCCUAUGGCAUUGGCCAGGACACACCCACUGGAAAGAGCCAUGUGCUGGUGUACAAGCUUGGGGGAACGUCUCUCACAGUGACCAUCAUGGAGGUUAACAGUGGGAUGUAUCGAGUCCUGGCCACACACACUGAUCACAGCACCGGGGGAGAGAGCUUCACGCAUGCCCUGGCCCAGUAUCUUGCAUCAGAGUUUAAAAGGUCCUUUAAGCACGAUGUCACAGGAAACCCCAGAGCAAUGAUGAAACUGAUGAACAGUGCAGAUGUUGCCAAGCACACGCUGUCAACUCUGGGCAGCUCCAACUGCUUUGUGGACUCGCUAUAUGAUGGGAUGGACUUUGACUGCAGUGUGUCCAGGGCAAGGUUUGAACUUCUGUGUGCCUCUCUCUUUAAUAAGAGCAUACAACCAAUCAAAACGCUCCUAGAGCAGGUUGGCCUCUCAACCAGUGAUGUCAGUAAGGUGGUGCUUUGUGGAGGUUCUGCCCGGAUCCCCAAGCUGCAGCAGAUGAUCCAGGAUCUCUUCCCCGACGUGGAGCUUCUGAGCUCCAUCACGCCUGACGAGGUGAUCCCUGUGGGUGCAGCCAUCGAGGCAGGGAUCCUGCUGGGGAGGGACUGCUCCUCCCUGGAUGUGGACUCCAUCACCGUGGACUGCUGUGCUAGGGAUAUCCUGGUGAAGGAAGCGGAUGACACUGGAGCAGACAUGUACACAGUGCUGUUCCCAUCCGGAACCCCUCUCCCAGCCCGGCGACAGCACACACUGCAGGGCCCGGGGAGUCUGUCUUCCAUCUGCCUGGAGCUGUACCAGUCACAGGGCCACAACAGCACCCCCCAGGAGAAACUGGCCCAGAUUGUCCUGAAUAACCUUGAACCAAAAGAAGAUAAUCAUGACAUUGUUACAGUUGUUACAAUGAAAAGGGAUGGAUCCUUACAUGUCACUUGUACAGAACAAGGAAGUGGCAAGUCUGAAGCAGUCACUGUAGCAGUUGCCUCCUAAACUAUGGCGGGAUUAAUGGGAACAUUUCAGUGGCUAGGGCUACUCCUAUCCUGCAAGCAUGUUUUGUAUGUCCAUAUGUGUAACUCGUGUUCCUCAAAUAAUUCAACUUUCUGUCUUUUGUAAUAUUUUAUGUAACAAGGUAGGAAUUGCAUCCAGAUUUCCUCCGUUCCAGCUGUCAACAUUGAAAUUGCCUUUCAAAAUUAAAGUAUUUAAACAUGCAA